CUGUGGGAAUGCCCCUGAACAAGAACGGUGCAACUCAGGAUUUGGGUCCACCUUCCCAGGACUGGGCCUUUUGCCAGCAGGCCAGUGUCACUGGUUAACUGCAUAUUACUCCACUUACCCCAUCCCUGUGAAGCAGUCUUAUGCAGGGUAGCAUUUCUCCAAGCCUUUUACAUAGAUAACCACUCCUUCUCCAAAACUGGCUAGGUGUUUUUGCACUUGACACAUUUAAUAAGUCUGAUCAGUGUGUUGGUUUCAGAACUGAGUUACUAAAACGGUUUCGAUGCAGUUCUUCCAUUAAAAGCUCGUAUGUCUCUGUAGGGUAGAUUGUAUCCUGAGACACACAACACAAUAUCACAAAUCCUGAAAAAAAUCUACUACUAUCUAUGUGUGUUUUGGUAGUUUCAAGCAUUAGGUUCUGGUCCCAGAACUAAUAAACACAGGUGCAAAAUAUCCAAGAAUGCAAGGACAAGAAAAAAGAAGACAAAUCUUUAACUGUUUUUUCUUGUUUCCUUCCUUUACUGUAGGGAUAGUAAUACUUCUCUAUGGAUAGAUUAUGAGGAUAUUUGCUUUGUGUUUGCACAGAAGUAUACUUUGAAGAACCUAUUUGUGUAUGACUUAAAAGUUCUGACUGAUACUGUGUCUUGGUAUGUGAAUUUUAUGAAACUACAAAGGUGGUGUUUUCCAAAUGCUCAUCUGAUCCCAAGGUUGUGUCUUUGUCUUCUCGCUUCCCUGUUGAAACACCGUGGAGCAACCUUGGAGGGACUCCAGACCAGCAAGCGGACAGAGAAGCACUCUUGCACCUCAGUCACUAUCCAUUCGAGUGUCAACAACUUUGGAUAAAAAUACAGCUGCUGCCUAAAACAAGCAGGUCUUCCAAAACUUUCCAAGGAGCACGUAGCCUUCAUCCAGCAAGAGGAAAGGCGAGGUUUGGGCUACACCAAUUCCCCUCCAUUCAUCCUCGUCUGUGCCACAACACCUAGCCCUGACCUGCAGCUGUCUGUGUGGUUUUGAGUGGAUGACAGUGCUGGCUUGGCCUGAAUAGAGGCUUUCUGGCAUCCAGGAAAGCAUCGAAACUGAUGAAUGCGAAGCAGGGGAGAUGGGUGGCAGACUGCUGCGUUCUGAAAGCGCCCAAGGCUCGGCAUCGUCUUUCGAAGAAAGUGCUGCAUUAAUGGCCUUGGACGUAGAAAAAUCACUUUCCGAAGCCUCGCUGAGCGGGAAGACCAGGCACUAUGGUAGGUGGAACUACACAGACGCAGAGAUGGACUAUCCUGAGCUAUCUGACAGCGUGCACUGGCGCUUAGACACGGAGGAAGUCAGAUCCUCCCCAAAGGGAUCUGCGCGCCUGGCGAUGAGCGGACCUGGUCGCUUGGUCGCUGGUGUUACCCAGAGGGAUUCGAGCUACUGCAGGGAAGUGCCUUUAGCAUCUGCAUCCAGACUGUCCAGAGUGAAAGCAAACUACGUGGAGAAACCACCGUUCCUUUCCAGCCUGACUCCUGGUAGCGAUCUGUCCCGUCACGUGAGCCGCCGUUUCUUCUCCUCAGAAGAGCAGCAGAUACAAAGGGGUUGCUCAGAGCCGGCAUCCAGCACUCCCAACCUGCAGAGCUCUGCAGAAGAAACCAGCAUCUCCAACUUCUGUCGUGAUAUCGGUAGCAAGCAGUGGAGCCACAGGUCCCCCUCCCCUUCUUCCUCCACCCUGGGGUCCUUACCUAAUAAAACCACCCUCAGCCCUGAGAACACCCUCCGGAGCCAUUCCAGAUCAAGCUUUUCCACUCUGUCUUUAGAAGAAAACGGCACCUGCGAGCAGCGGGAGAUGAAGCGACCCCAGAGCUUAGCAGCCGGUGCAGACGUGCCUCCUCCUGCAGCCAUCGCCCCUUGGGACCUGCGCCAUCAGUCCGGCCCGACAGAAGACAGGCUGCCACGUGCACGCGAGCCGUUAAGGCCGCUCCUUGAUGGCUGUGUUACCAUGGAGCGGGUGAGAAAGAUGUCGUCCUUCCAGGCUGAUUACUGGGCCUGUGCGAUACCUGAUUCGUUACCCCCGUCUCCAGACCGCCAGUCUCCUCACUGGAACCCUAAUAAAGAAUACGAAGACUUGCUUGAUUACGCGUAUCCGUUAAAGCCAAGAUACAAGCUUGGAAAGACGCCAGAACCUUUUCUCCAUGACUCAGGAAUAGAUGUGGACAGCUUUUCUGUUUCUCCCGAGGGCACUUUGACGUCCGCCAGCACGCGUGACCGAGGUAGGCAGGCUCAGGGAAGCAGAGAAAAUCCACAUAAGGAGUUUGUGGUCUCUGCAGAAAGAUUCUCUACCCCAGUGUCUAGAAAACCAAGCCAUUUAGGAUCUGUGUCUUACUAUGAACCCUCACCUAUUGCAAAAGCAGGUGCUUCUAGAGGUUUCACUAAAGAUUUAACGCUGGAUUCAGCUGGGCCAAUUUCACUUGAUCACCCUGACGUGGCUGGGAGAAGCUGGUGUGCCAGAGAGACCCCCUUUUCAAAUUACAGUGGAAAGGAAGAAAGUGCUCAUCGGUUUUUACCUACGACACAGAUGCUCCCCCUAAGAAAAGAGUGGGAAGGCGAUGAAGAAUUCCUGUCGCUGCCUCCACGACUCAGGGAGUUGGAAAGCCUGGCUCAGUACCUGUCUGAUCUUUCCUUAACUAUAAGGACACCUGGGCAAGACCGCCAAAGUCUUCCAUGUCACGGUGACAGCAAGGAGCCCCUUUCAUCCAAAUCGGCAGCUUUCAGAGAAGCAGGCAGCGAGGGAAGUGAAGAUUGCGGUGGGCUGUGUCCGUCGUACAGCUCUCGAAAGCCCAGCAGGGAAACCGCUCAACUGUGUAGCCAGCAGUACAGCGAUCCUCUGCGGAGACUCGAUCCACCUGCCAGUAUCGGGGCCGCGUUGGAUGGGAGCUACCUGAAGGAGCUGCAGGUCAGAGGGUCUCCUGAAGCCAAGGGCCAGCACAGCGAGUCCCUUGCACAGUGCAUUAAGAUGUUUUGCUGUCAGCUAGAAGAGCUAAUUCGUUGGCUGUACACAGUGGCAGACAUCACGGACCAGUGGAUGCCGCCCGCGCCAGGCGUUUGGAGCGUGACGGCGUCCGUGCACCGUUACCUGGAGUUGAAGAAAGACGUGGCUGAUCACCGAGGCCUGACGGAGCGUGUGUUGCGCAGGGGUGAAGCUCUGCUGAAGUGCAUGGCAUCAAAUUCGCCAGCUUUAAAAGACACACUGGAUCUGAUUGCAAAACAAUCAGAAGAGCUGGAAAACCACGUGGCCCAUUUGUACAAGUCAGUUCUAGCUGCUAUGGAGCCUGUGCAGGGCGAGGAUGUGAUAAAGGAUGGCAGCGUGCAGCAAACAGCUGCUCAGGCAAAAGCAGCUCAAUGGGCAAUGCCUCUAGCAGACAUGGGAUUUGUUAGCCAGUCUCUGGAUGGGUGAGAUGAAUUCCAGCAAGGAACAAAACACUACUUUCAACUCUCAUAGAGAUGCCAAAAUACAUAUAAUCACUGUGUAUGGAAUUAGCCCCUCCCCGCCCCGGCCGGGCUGAUUUCUGUUUUUUACCAUUGCUUGAGAAAGGCAAGCUGUACAGAAGUUAUUUGUUUAAUGGUGCUGACUAAGUUGGGGAGCUCUGUGAGUAAGAAAUAUACAGCUGGCCUUUUUUUUUUUUUGUCUUUAAUGUAGCUUUCCUUUUUAUAGAAGUAGCUUGUUCCAUGUAUUAGCAAAAUGUCAGGAACAAUGUUUAACUGAGUAAUCCAUAGUUUGCAGUGCAACUGUCUUAAGUAAAGCUGUGUCAUUUUAA